UUUUCAUUAUUUAACAACAUUUUAGAACCUUGUUCAGGCAGGUAUAAAAACUUCAAUGAACAUAUAACAGUAAUGGAAAACAAAGUGAUAGAAUCAAAGCACUAUGUAAAUGGUGCAAUGCUACAAAAUAAUGUUGGUAAGACUGUGUGUGCCAUUGGUCGUAUCACCAUCAUGAAUCCAAAUGGAAUGGAGUUGAGAGUUCAGCUGGCUGAUGGUAAAGAGGUGAAAGCACAGUUGGAAGAUCAACUUGAAGAACCACUUGAAGGAUUUGUGCAAAUGCUUGCUCGUGUAAACAAAGACUUAUCUCUAACGGUGGAGCAUCUUGUUAGCUUUGGUGCAGGGGAAAUUGACUUAAAUAUUUACAACGAAGCAGUGGUUUUGAUGGCCAAACAUCCUGGUUUAUUUUCAUCAAGUGAAGUGAACGGACAAAUGUAUUAAAUGUAUUAAUGUAUAAGAGCACUCUAUGACAAUAGUGAAGAAUGACAACAAGGAGCAGAAUCAAAUGGACAAUUGUAUUUUUAUUUUUUGCUUGGACAUGUAUGUUACACAAAAUAUUUAUUAUCAUCUAAUGGUAGUGCAAGAAUUUCCUGUGUUUUUCAGGAAAACCAGCAA